GCUGCCGCGCGCGUCCGUCGCAUACUCCAUGCGACACCGCUAUCGCUCCCACAGAAUAUGGAUAUACACCACAUCCGCGCUCUUAUCAAUAUUCAGUUCUCGUAUUUAUGGUUUUGCGAAGUGUCCGACAAAUAUAAAUGGAUUAUAUUGUAAAGUUUUACCGGAAUCUCGUUUGUAUUGCAAGUCUCGGGCACGGUUCGAAUGUGAUAUUUUGUAUAUAGACAGUAUGUAUUUAUCUUCAGUAAUUUAUUGGCUUAGUUGUACGAUGGGCCGCCGCCGGCUUCCUUAGUGAUCUAGUGUUAGUGCUGAAAGUCUGAUUCGCUGUAGACUGAGUGAUUAUGUUGAUCAAUACGUUCCUGGACACGGAGGAUUUCGUGCACCUUUACUACCCGGACGAUGAGCCGCCCGCCGCGCAGGGCUGCGGCGCCGGCGCACGACUCGCCUCCAAGUACCCCCAGAGGUCGCCCUCGCCAGAGUACAAACAGCAGGUAUCAUCGGAGAGCGAGAUGAGCGAGCGCGAGCGAUACCGCUCUCCCCCUCAGCCGGAGCCGCCGCCGCACCGCGUGCGCGCUGCAGACCUGUACCCCCGCCUGCGGGCGCACUACGACGAGCCCGCCAUAGAGCCGGGAUUCACGCCCAUCUGCGGGGAGUUCAUACAGUGGGUCGGCCGAACAUCAGAUGGCGGGUCGAUCGCCAUGUCGAACUACCGUCUGCAUCUCCAGCCGAAGCGGCGCGGCACUGCCGGCGCGUCUCUGCCGCUGCGGUUGAUAGACGCUCUCGAGAUCAGGGAACUGCUCACACUCAUCGUGCUCUGCAAACACGGGAGACAGCUCAAAUGCACAUUCACAACUGGUGAGCAGUGUUUGGAGUGGUGGAGGCGGCUCAACACGGCCAUAAUACCUGUGACCUCGGCUCAGGAGACCUUCGCAGCUGCCUACGCCGCCUGGGCCAAGGAGCAGCCCCCGUCCUCCGUACAUAGAGCCCUCAUUAGGGCUUCGCUGGCACCGCAGCCCCAUUGGUUCCAGUCUGAGUUCGACCGUCUUGGCUUCAACGCGAAGGGUCCGUGGCGCAUCACGGUGGCUAACGCGGACUACAAGCUGUGCCCCUCCUACCCCCAGCUGCUCAUAGUACCCGCCUCUAUCUGCGACGAGGACCUCGACUCCGUUGCACGAUUCCGCGCGAUGCGUCGCAUGCCGGCGGUGGUGUGGCGUCACCGCGGCACGGGCGCCGUGAUCGCGCGCUCGUCGCAGCCCGAGGUAGGCUGGCUCGGCUGGCGGUCCAGCGAGGACGAGCGCCUGCUGGCCGCCUACGUCGCCGCCUGCAACGCCGACAGACCGCAUCCCAACAAACAACUGAAACUCUUAAUCGUUGACGCACGUUCGUACGCCACUGCGGUGACGAACCGCGCGCGCGGCGGCGGCUGCGAGUGCCAGCAGUACUACCCGGCCGCCGACAUACAGUUCAUGAGCCUGCCCAACAUACACCACGUGAGGAAGAGCUUCGCCAUGAUACGAGCGUUGCUGGCCGAGCCUAGUGACCAGCCCAAUUGGCACAGCGGCGUGGAGCGCACGCUGUGGCUGCAGUACCUGUCGGGCGUGUGUCGCGCGGCGGCAACUGUGGCGCGCGCGGUGCUCGCGGCCCGCCCCGUGCUCGUGCACUGCUCCGACGGCUGGGACCGCACGCCGCAGGUGGUCGCCUCCGCGCAGCUGCUGCUCGACCCCUACUACCGCACCGUGCAGGGUUUCCGUGUGCUGAUCGAGCGCGAGUGGCUAGACUUCGGUCACAAGUUCGGCGACAGGUGCGGGCACAUGUUCGGCGCGGAGGACACCAACGAGCGGUCGCCGAUAUUCCUACAGUGGCUGCACGUGGUCUACCAGCUGAUGACGCAGUACCCGUGCAGCUUCGAGUUCAAUGAGGCGUAUUUGAUAAAGCUGGCAACCCACGUGUACUCGUGCAUGUUCGGCACGUUCCUGUGCAACACGAGCCGCGAGCGCGCGGAGUGCCGCACCGGCGACACCGCCAGCGUGUGGCACCUGCUCAGCGCGCCCGCCUACCGCAACCACCUGUACGCCCACAACCCGCAUCAAAAUGAUACACACGAUCAGGUGCUAUGGCCGGACUGCAGCGUGCGCGCGAUGCAGGUGUGGUGGGGUCUGAUGCGCAGCGAGCUGGAGCCGCCGCACGCGCCGUCUGCCCCGCCCUCCCCGCACCCCGCGCCGGCACCGCCCCCCGCACCGCACACCGGUUCCCUUCCUAGAAGAAGAUCGUUCGACAACUUCCUAAACGAUGGAGAGAGAAAAACAAUGCAAAGGCGGUCGAGUGACUCAAACAUUGCUCCUGAUGUAUUGAGCCUGUCGCUGGUGAUGAGCAGCAGCAGCCCCGAGCGAGACUGCCGCGCGCUCACCGACAGCUGCGUCGACCGCCUGCCAGAUACCAACCAUGUGGAUCAAGUAGACGGGUUAACCUCGACCCACUUCGUGGAGCGCGGGGACUCGUCCAGCCAAUCACCGUCCGUGGAGCGCGAGCUGGUGUCGCUGAGCGGCGCCGGGGACUCCCCGCCCGCGGCCCCCGGGGAGUCCCCCGCGCUCCCCAUGCUCGGGGAGUCCCUGCCCGUCCCCAUACUUGGGGAGUCCCCGACCGCACCCGAUGUUGACGAGACCGUGUUCGUCUGCGGUUCGUACACGGAGGUGCGCGGUUUGGCGGAGGCGGCCCGGGAAUCGGCACGCUCACGCAACAUCAGCAUAACGUGGCGGUCUAUAUCGGAAUCGAGCAACCAGUCGUCGUCGGGUUUCGUGAUACCCGAGAAUCAGACCCGCGCGGAACCGGAACCCAGCGAAGACGUGUCGCCGGAGAACCACACGUCGACCGAGGAGGAUCUCGUCAACCACAACGUGGUUGCGGACCUCACCAGCAGCAACGACAACGAAAGACCCGAAACCACCGUCAACGGCACCGACAUCACACCAAAGUUCCUAGAACUCGAUAUCAACACAGGCACAACGGGAUCGUCGAGCGAGGCUAGUUCAGAGAGCGAAGGCGAGCCGCGCGGCGCGUCGCAGCUGACGUUAUGCCCCGCCUCCCCGCGCCGCGCCGUCCGCGCCCCGCCCGCCGCGCCGCCAGCCCCGCCCGCUUACUCGCUGCUAGGUUCAGAGAGUGCGUGCGCGUGUUGCGGAGCGUGCGCGGCGUGCGCGGAAGCGGCGCGUACGGGCGCGGACAGCGCGGACGGCCUGCCGCCCGCAGUAGACCCGCUACAGGCGCGACUGCACCAAAUUAUACUGCAUCAGAAGCGAGUGGUAGAGGAGCUGAGCGAGCAGUUGAGGUGUGCGCGCGCGGCGCUGCGUCGCGCCACGUCGCCCGCCGCGCCGCCGCCCCGCACCGACCCCGCUAGCCCGCUACCGCCGCAGGUGAGUCAGAACGGCGUGUGCGGGCGCGGGGGGCGGGGCAGCAGCGCGGCGAGCAGCAGCAGCGGCAGCGCGUCCGAGGUGGAGGUGGGCGAGGAGGCGCGCGGUGUUGUGUGGCUGCCCGACAGCGCCGCGCCGCGCUGCCAGCACUGCCGCAACCAGUUCUGGCUCGCGCGUCGACGACACCACUGCAGACGGUGCGGCGGAAUCUUUUGCGGCUCGUGCUCAGAGAUGUCCUGGGGCGAAGUGGGCGCGGUGCGCGUUUGCCGACGCUGCCGCGGCCCGCGGUGACCCGCCCCGCGCGCCCCGCCCCCCGCGCCGCCUCUAGCGCCGCCUCUCGCGCCGCAAGCCUAGCGCCGCCCCCUACGUCCACGCCGCAUAGCCGGCCCUGCUGAUACACAGAUAUCUUCUACGUGAAUAUAAUACGAUCGGUUAUAGUAAUACAAUGCAAUAAUGAUGCCUUAACUUGUUGGUUUUAUAUCGGUGUCCAUUGGUAGUUUGCAGAGAUUUAUUAAUUUCUUAAAAAGAUUUGUUUUUCUCCGAACAGAAAUACUCCUAAUAACCUUACCGAUGUAUUUAUGUAGUGGACCUAACUACGAGCUACAAUAACCGGAGAAUCAUGUACUCAAGUACCUUAGCUUGAUCACGCUUAUAACUUUUGUCGGUAUCGAUAUUAACAACAUGUAUCCAAAUUGUGCUAACCUGGACGUUUCUCUUGCCGUUUCUUUGCUCUCUAUUAAAAUAGAUAUCUAAGGCAUGUCAAUCAAAACGCUCUAGAAGCAGCGUCCUUAGUCUAAGUGAAUAAUAUUGCCGGUUAUCGUUUUAAUUUUGAGCCUGGAAGUACGUUAGCGCGUUUAAUACACAGCUAAUUUCAUGAAAUAUCAGCGUCGAUACCUCCUAUUGAACUAGUCAGCCGCCUUGAUUAUUAGAAUAACGAUAUAAGGAGUGCACGGUUUGAGUUUGAUCUACUGCGCCAUAGCUGAAACACGCGUGAAAACGGACGACCGCACGAGUGUGCCGUUAGACGUUUUGGGGGUGAGAGGGGGGGAAGGUUGUGUGCGUUAGGAAAAUGGAAAAGAAAAUAUGUAUCACUUGAAGGCUGAUUUGUUUUUUUUUUUGUACGAAUUUGUAGAAUAUUAUACGACAACGCGAACCCGGCUGCCCCGCCCGGCGCCGCUAUAGACUGAAUUAUUAGAUUUAAAAGCGGCCACCCAAACUGUGAUGGCGGCAGCCGCGGUCCGCGUUGCCCCUCGCGGGACGAAGCCGUUGUAUUUAUUGCGACAUUAGUGUCAAUAAUGUUAAUUUGUAUAAAUAUUUGUUUUCGUAAUGAAGUGUAUUAUAGAGUUCUGUUUUAUAAAUAUGUUAAUGUAAUUUACUAUUUGGUUUCUGGUCUUAAUUAAUUUUCAUUGUUUCAUUGUGUAAUUAUUUAAAUUGACGCAGGCCGGUCGACACACGCAGACGAUUUCUACAAAAAUCUUAUGCUAAGUGAUCAUGUUUAUAAAGCUGGCGUUUAAUUAACGCGUGA